GCUCAGUGCUUGCGGGUGCCUCUAGUUUGAGGCCUGCCCAGUUACGGGCAGGAGUCGGGUAGGGCCCGGGCGGCGCCGCUUCUCCGCCCGCGACCCAGAAAGGCAUUGACCAACACUUCUCAGAUGAAUUUGACCAUUGAAUAGAAGACUUGAAUGUUGAAUUUCUAUCUUGUUUGGAGCAAUGCUGAAAUUCCAGGAGGCUGCCAAGUGUGCAGGUGGACCCACACCCAUUUCCAUUCCUCCAAAGUCCUUGAUUGCAAGAAGAUACAUGCUUCAAGAGAAACUUGGCAGUGGAAGUUUUGGAACUGUCUAUCUGGUUUCAGACAAGAAAGCCAAACAAGGAGAAGAAUUAAAAGUGCUGAAGGAAAUCUCUGUUGGAGAACUAAAUCCAAAUGAGACUGUGCAGGCCAAUUUGGAAGCCCAGCUCCUUUCCAAGCUGGACCAUCCAGCCAUUGUCAAGUUCCACGCAAGCUUUGUGGAGCAAGAUAAUUUCUGCAUAAUCACAGAGUACUGUGAGGGUCGAGAUCUGGACUAUAAAAUUCAGGAAUACAAGGAAGCUGGAAAAAUCUUUCCAGAAAAUCAGAUAAUAGAAUGGUUUAUUCAGCUGUUGCUGGGAGUUGACUACAUGCAUGAGAGGAGGAUACUACAUCGAGACUUGAAAUCAAAAAAUAUAUUUCUGAAAAAUAAUCUACUCAAAAUUGGGGACUUUGGGGUUUCUCGACUCCUAAUGGGAUCCUGUGACCUGGCCACAACUUUAACUGGAACUCCCCAUUACAUGAGUCCUGAGGCCCUAAAACACCAAGGCUACGACACAAAGUCAGACAUCUGGUCACUGGCAUGCGUGCUGUAUGAGAUGUGUUGCAUGAAGCAGGCAUUCACUGGCUCCAAUUUCUUGUCCAUUGUUUUAAAAAUUGUCGAAGGUGACACGCCUUCACUUCCUGUGAGAUAUUCAAGAGAAUUAAACACUAUCAUGAAAAGCAUGUUGAACAAGAACCCUUCAUUGAGACCAUCUGCUAUAGAAAUAUUAAAAAUCCCUUACAUUGACAAACAACUACAGCACCUGAUGUGUAGAUAUUCAGAAAUGACUCUAGAAGACAAGAAUUUGAAUUAUCAAAAGGAGGCUGCUCAUAUAGUUAAUGCCAUGCAAAAAAAGAUCCACCUGCAGACUCUGCAGGCACUGUCUGAAGUGCAGAAAAUGACGCCAAGAGAGAGAAUGCGGCUGGGAGCGAAGCUCCAGAGGCCUGAUGAGGAAAGCCGAGAACUGAAGUAA